AUGUACAGUGGCCGGGAAACAGUGUCCCAUACAGGUGCCCUGCUGAUCAAGGAUUCUCAAUUAAAUGACACGGGGAACUACACCGUGCUGGUGGCUGCCGUCAAUGACACCCAGAGAGCAACUGUCUGGCUCAAGGUUCGAGUGUUUGAAACCCCAGGCAUCUCAGUCAACACCAGCUACGCAGUACUGAAUGUGGACUCCGUGGCUGCCAUCUGCCAGACCAAUGACACAAAUGUCCAGUGGUAUGUAGGCUACACACAGGUGUCCAGCUACGAACGCAUGACCAUCUCUCCAGACACUAAGACCCUCAUCAUCAAAAGGGUCAGGAGCAGCGACUCACCCCUGCAGUGUGGGAUCCAAGUCUUCUCAGAGAUUAUUAAGAAAAGCGAACCAGUCUAUCUGACGGUGACCUAUGGACGCUCCUAUGCAACAAUCUUCAGCAUGUCCAUUAACUACCAGGGCAUCCUGCCUGCUGAGAUUGGCUCCCAAGUGAAGAUGGAGUGUUUUUCUGAUGGCAGACUGCAAGUCAAGUACCACUGGAUCCACAACUUCUCUGUCCUGAGCUUCUCAGAGAAGAACAUCACCCUCCCGAGUCUGACCUGGGACCAGAUGGGCAGAUACAGGUGCAUCGCGGAGAACCCCGCCACCCACGAGGUCUUGUACGAUGAAGUCCAGGUCCAGACCCACGUGCCCAGGCUUAUCCAAGGGGUCAGCAUCUCAGCACCCUUCCUGGCAUUUCUCAUCACGGGGUCAGUCGUGGGCAGCGUCAUCAUCUGUGGAUAUCUGCUUCUCAGCGUGAUCAAAUGUUACUCCACCAGGUACCAGAGGCCCCGAGUCUAG